AUGAGACACGUGCAAGUGAGCGUCACCCUAGCAGUGGUCGUCUUUACAACGUACCAAUAUCUGGCGACGCAAUCAAGGCUCUUGGAAGUCGCGGGCGGGCUACACGUGGGAAUACGCGAAGCACUGGACGGCGGCUUGGAAGGCGACGUUGAAGAGCUUGGAGAUACCCAGCAACAACAGGGCAAGUGCUGGGCUCGAGCGACUGUCAUCACCCACGCGACUGGCGUUUACCUCAAGGUUGUGUCGGAGCUCUAUAUGCCCGGGCACGGGACUGUGACGACGGCGGCCGACUCUCGUUCCGGCUGGCCCCUGGAUCACAGCGCGAACCCGACACCGGUUGCCGAUGGCGCAGUGGCGCGGGCCAGAGGCGGAGUCGCGGAGGCUCGAGAACCUCCCAGCUGGAAGCAGAGGCUUUGGCCGCCCUCGUUCGUGGCGCAAUAUGCGUUCCUCUUGAGCGCCGUGGUCGAGGAGGCAUGCUCAUCGUUCUUCGCCAGGAUCAUGGUGGCUGUAUUCAGCAUGCUCCUAUGGGCUACUCAGCUGGUCCUCUACCCGUUCAUCCCUGGGGUCGAGCCGAACGACCACCGCGAGCCGGCAAUCAGUAAAGCCAUGAGUCUUGGCCAGAUCAGCGCGUUGGUCUUUCUACUCGACCCGCUGCUCGUCAUCCUGAACAGUGCCAUAGGUAACACGUACCGUCAUCCUCCGAAUGGCCUCAUCCCGCUAAGUGCACGAACAGGAGCAUGGAGGACGAGGAACGUGCCGAACGAUUCAUCAGUCGAGUUGCGCAGCUGGCCGGACGCCGGCCGCCCCGGCCCCGAACAUCCCCGGGGGGCCCCCUUGCCACGACCCGCUCCAUGUCGCAUCGACUCCAGGUCGACAUCGCCGAUACCCGCCCCAGACGAGAUCCGAGUCGGCGAGAGCGCGUACGAGGCUUGCUUGAGAGACCACUUCGCAGCGACCGUCAUCAUCUCGUGGGUGGCGGCUGUCGUCGUCCUCGCCGUGGCCCUGGCCGCUCCUAUACUGCUCGCGGCAUUCUUGAACGGAAACGCGCAACUCGGACGGGACGGACGCACCGUGGACGACAUGCUCGACGAGGAACAGUGGCGGUCCAUAAUGCUCGCCUACUUUGUUUUUUCGACGACGGGGCUGGGGCUGUUUCUGUCGAGGACGAUGCUGGGUCUCUGGGCAACGUGGAGGCGGCGGAUGCGUGCACUUGGGAGGUCGCGAGGGUGA